GGGUAUAUAGCAGGCGGGCCAGUCAAGAUUCCCGCAACUCGUGGAUUUACAUUGACGCCAGCGCCAAAUCGCCGCCCAUGUCGUCGUCACGCACCACCCGCGCACGCGCCAGUUCGCCCAAUUUGCACCCCCAACUAUACCAAGCAGACGGCCCUGUCCCAACCACAAGUACACCGGUCCCAACCCCAAGUGCUCAGGUAGACCCGUCCGAAGGCUCGGCACUGUACCCCGAGGGACCUACGAGCGCAAUACAGAGCGUCCUAGCUCAGGCCCACACCCCCACUAGUGAGGACAGGGCCCGAAGACACCUGGUGAUAGACACCGGUGGGGCCGGAGCGCCCGGUUUAUCGCAGGUACAGGUGCAUGACUGCGACUGCGACGGCAAAGGCAAAGGAGAGCGAGAGCACAGCGCCGAUGUGUGUUGCCAAGCAACUCGCGGCGGGGCGAAUAAGACAGAUAAAGAAGCCAAAAACUCGAUUACUCAGAGCUUACCCACCAUCACACGUACCUCGAUGACACCUCACACCGCCGACGACGAAGGCGCGGGUGGCCUAGUUUUCACUCUGCGGCAAACGUCGGACAGUGCCGGACAGUCUAUAAAUAGCACUGCGGGCGAUACGGAUAAAACCAGCACCAGCGUCAAGUCCAGCCCGGCUGAAGCGUCCAAACACACCAGGACAGAUGAGCCGUUUAACUACUCAGCAUCGCCAAACACGCCGCAGUCACCCUCAGGCACACCAACCGAGAACAGCAUUGGGCUUAUCAAACAAAACAGCAGCCCCACUCCCACCUCCACGAGUGGCCAAGAGUUCAAACUACAGCCACAGACGGGUAUGGGGCGACGAUUUAGUAACAGCAAUAUAUCCUACUUCCCGCACAGCCGCAGUAAUCUGGGCAUCGAGCGGAAGGAGCUGCUGCAUUCGGCACGCUCACAGCCCGGUUCAGACACACCGUCGCCUGGGAAAUCACCGACACGUGCACACACACACACACACACACACAGUACACACAGGCAAUCGUUCACCCCCACCCGAGCGCCCGGCGAGGAUGCCAGCACCACCACCCUGAACGCAGCCACGCCUACCCACAACGACACUGUUGCCAUGGCAACCUCUGCGACUACCGGGCCCACUGACGGCCGCCAGACAAGCCAAGGCAGCGCCAACAGCGCGCUAUCCUCCGCGUCGCACGAGCGUAGAGACAGUUGGGGCGUACCACAGCCCCACAGACGCUACAGCAAUGCGUCACUGUUGGCCAGACAGGCGGCGGCGGCGGCGGCGGCGGCGGCUUCGCCGCACAACCGCAGCAUGACCUCGCUGGGCUCGACGGAGGGUGUGGUCAAACUCAAUAAUGCACACACGGCAUCGAGUUUUGUCGAGAAGCAGGGUGUCGUCUUGAGAGGAGGUCGUGUCGCAGAUGGCAAAGUCAAUGGCAUCAGUCGCACUACGCGUGCGCUGGGUUCUGCCAACUGUGGUCCUGGAGUGGCGUGCGACCCAGAAACCUUCGUGCAACCGCUGGAGAUCAGCGUCCCCCACGUCGUCGUCAUAGCAACCAGCGGCCUGUGGGAUUUCUGUACCAUCUCGCAGGUGCGGAAGUUUCUCAUGGAUCACUUAACCUUCAGCGAGGAUCAGGAUUUAGACGCGCUCGCGGGAGAAGUAGUCAAACUGGCGAAAGGCCUGAACAAGGCGGUAGAAGACGUGACUGUGCUGCUUAUACUAGUGUUACCCGGAAGGGCCACGGGCGGUUCCCCACGGGUCAGCGGUGAGUCCACGACGAGUGCAACGAACGGCAGCUUGGGCAAGGGCCUUCAACAGAAGAGUAGCGGGAGUUUAAAACUGGGGGCUCGGAUAGCCCGGAGAUUUAGCAACAGUAGUACACAGAGUAAUGGUAACACCAGUAGUAAAGCCACCGCCAGCCACGACCAGCACACGGCGCGACGCGCGUCCAUUGACGAGGGCCGGGACGAGGAGGUGCCCAAGGGCACACACGGGGGCAAGCAUGCACACACAUCGACACCCCCACAACCCCCACAGGACGUUCAGAGCACCGCUGGACAGGUGCGGAGAGACCUGGGGAGUGUGUCGUACGAGGGCCGUACCAGUGACCUGUCACAGUUGACAGGCUUGGGCAUGCCUCUAACGGGUAUGACGUCGAGUAGUGAUACGUUACGAGCUGCGGUGAGUGGCAUGAAGGCCCGGCGGGCUUCGGCGGAUUCGACGGCUAGUGUGGGCAGCAGUGGCGGUAGAAUGCAUAGGUAUACCAGCUAUGCGUGCCCCCUGGUCAAUGCGACAGUAGGGAGUGCUACACGGGCACAGGGGCAAGGACAGACCCCGGCCCUAAACAGUGCAGCCCCGGUACAGCUGCAGCAGAGUGUAUCGAACUAUAUCCAGCCGGUACCGGACGCACCGCGGAGUGCGUUUAAAAGCAGCAUGUACGACGAUUUGAUGAAAAGCAAAGCUGCCGAUACGAAUGGUAGCCAUGGUAGUCACGGUGGCCUCGCGGGCGGCAAGGUAAGUAAAGGCGUGAAAUGCGGGACGGAAAACGGGACGGUGGUUAAGUCGGCGAGUGGGAAGAAAAAGAAAAUCGAUAUUAUCAAGGGCAGGGAGGGGCGGGGCCUAAGUGAGGUUGAGGAGGUUGAGGAUGUUGUAUAUGACUCACCACCCCCCCCACUAGGCUGUAUAAAAGGUUUUAAGAUGAAUCCGUGA